CCUGCUUUUGUUCAAUCUUACAUUUAUUUGACUAUGAAACUUACACCUCCUUAGUGCAAUCUAAGAUUUAAUUGUCAAUUUUAUUAAUAUAAAUAUAUAUAUUUUUAAACAUGUCUUUAAACUAAUUUUCUUUGGUAUUUUACUUUUUUUAAAUUGUAUUUUCAGUAUCAGUAUUUUUUACAAUUUUGAAUAUAUUUAUUUCUUUUUCUUUUCGGGAGGGGGUAAUCUAAACUGCAGUUUACUAUGUUUUGUUAAAAUAAAGACAUUUUUUUGGAAUAAAUAUUUCUUUAUGAAGAACAAGGCCUAUUUAGUCUGACAUCAUUGUUGCAAUCAGGAUUAAACGUUAUGGCGCUUUUUGCGUUCCAUAGUUCCGGGCGGACUGGCUGACUCUGGGGCGGAAAAAUGAAAUUACAGCCAAACGGAACUCGUGAGCCGCAUGAGGCUCCAUCAUCUGUGUUUCAACGGAGAUCCGUGGAACUGAAGCGGUCACGAUUGGUGUUGCUCGGCGGCUCGACAAGAGAAAAAAAUUGCUGGGGGUUCGGAAAACCUAAGAUUCACAGAGAACAGGUACCAGGACUCGAGGAAUAGACCUGUUCCCAGGACCGCCCGGUUCCGUUCAGACUUAGAUCCAUCAUGGGAGCUUCAUUAGGGAUCCUCUCUUCCUGUAUGCCAUGCAUGUGCAGCAACGCCACCUGUCCGGUUUGCCGCUGCUGUCCCAGAGGCAGGAACUCCUCGGUCACCAGGGUCGUCUACGCCUUCAUCCUGCUGCUGGGCACGGUCGUCUCCUGCAUCAUGCUGUCGCCGGGGGUUGAUCAGCAGCUCAAAAGGAUUCCAGGUUUCUGUGAAGACGGAGCGAGCCCCCAUCUUCCCGUUCUCCAGGCCCACCUGCAGUGUGAGAUGCUUGUGGGUUAUAAAGCGGUGUACCGCGUCUGCUGCGGCAUGAGUUUGUGGUUUCUGGGGUUCUCCAUUCUUAUGGUUAACAUCAAGACCAGCAGGGACCUCCGUGCUUCAAUCCACAAUGGGUUUUGGUUCUUCAAGUUUGUUGCCUUGGUGGCCAUCACGGUCGGUGCCUUUAACAUUCCUGACGGGCCUUUCACCUACACGUGGUUUGUUGUAGGCUCCUGUGGAGCUUUCUUCUUCAUCCUGAUCCAGCUGGUGCUGCUGGUGGACUUUGCUCACUCUUGGAAUGAAUCCUGGAUGCAGAAGAUGGAGAGCGGCAGUUUCAGAGGCUGGUAUGCAGCUCUGCUGUCUGUCACCAUUCUGAACUACGGCCUGUCGCUGACUGCAGUCGUGCUUUUCUUUGUCUUCUACACCAAACCUGACCAGUGCUUCAUCAACAAGUUUUUCAUCUGCUUUAACUCGUUCUUGUGCAUCGUGGCCUCUCUAGUCUCUGUUCUGCGUAAAGUCCAGGAGUUUCAGCCGCGCUCAGGUCUGCUGCAGUCCUCCUUCAUCACCCUCUACACCAUGUUUCUGACCUGGUCUGCCAUGACCAACGAGCCUGACAGAGAAUGCAACCCCAGUUUGCUCAGCAUUAUCCAGCAGAUUGCCUCCCCGACACCCCCGCCUUUGGAAAUCGAGAACCAGACGGCCGUGGUGAUCCUCCUCACAGAGGAGCCCGUCCCGACGUCCCCGUAUCUGCAGUGGUGGGACGCUCAGAGCAUCGUUGGGCUCGUCAUAUUUGUUCUGUGCAUUCUGUACUCCAGCAUCCGAUCAUCCAACACAACCCAAGUCAACAAGCUGACCAUGGCCUCCAAAGACUCUGCCAUCCUGGCGGAGGGGGGAGGCAGCAGCGAGCUGUCUGACGAGUCCAUGUCUCUCCGACGGGUGGAGGACAACGAACGGGAAAUGGUCCAGUACAGCUACUCCUUCUUCCACUUCAUGCUCUUUCUGGCCUCACUCUACAUCAUGAUGAUCCUCACCAACUGGUACAGUCCAGACACAGACUACACGAUAACCAGCAAGUGGCCCACAGUGUGGGUGAAGAUCUCCUCCAGCUGGCUGUGUUUGGCCCUCUAUAUCUGGACCCUGGUGGCUCCCAUGAUCCUCACCAACCGGGACUUCACCUGAUCCCAGCUCCUGUUCAGAAAAAUAAACCAGACAAAUGUCACAUGCAUGUUUUUUUACACACAGACUGAACAUGGAUCAUUUUUGCUGGACAGGUCAAAGCUUUAAAUCUUCACUGGUGCCACAAAAGCUCUGUCGGGUUCAGCAUGGUGUCUUCAAACCUGCUGCUUUAAUUUUUUUCUUUUUUUUGUGUGUGUUUUCCUGUAAAUCAAUAAAAGUUCAAAACCAAAGAUUCAGAGACUUCCUCCUCAGCUCAUGUAUGUUCUGACCAAUCAGAGACCUGAUCUCCCAUGAGAGGUUUUCCCAAAGGCUCAGUGACUCAGACACCUGGUGUAUGAUAUAUGAUGCUUAUGCCAUAAUAUAAUAAUGAAAUUGGUCUAAGCCACUUUUGUUGUCAGAAAAUGCAUCUUUCUAGCAACAUUUUAUAUUUUUGGCUACUUCCUUCAGGGGUCACCACAGUAGAUCGCCCCAUGUUUUUCACAGGUGAUUUGGCUUCAAUGUUAUGAUGGAUUCCCUUUCCGACCCAAACUCGUGCAUUUAUUCGUAGUUGGCAUAUAUGGAAAUAUCUGACCACAGUAACUCUAUAGUAGUUCUAGAUCUCCCAUCCACACCCAACCCUGCCUUAACCUCCACAAUCAGACAAGAUUGGGUCUGUCCAUAGUGGAAUGAUCACAUUAUGCAGCAGCAUAAUUUACUUAUCAAUAUAACAACAAAAAUACAACUCAUUUUUAUAUCUAAAAAAAUCAUUUACAAAACUUUAAAAAAAUAAUCUUAAACUCUUUUGUAGAAAGGAUUGAUUCCCUAUAGAGGAGCUAACUUUUUACAAAAUUCUCAGAGCUUCACAGAAACUAUCAACAACUAUAAUGUCAUAAAAAUUGUGUAUUUUUUUAAUACUAGUAUUUUUUAUUUUAAUUUUGAUUAAAGUGAUGUAUAUGAGCAUAAUUGUAUGUAAUGAUGUCUGUUAAUUUUGCAAAUGCAAUUUUUGUUGAAUGUUUUCAAUCUUUGAAACAGGCCUUUGGAAGAAUCCAAUUAGUGUCCACAUAGAUGGGAACUAACAAAGAUCUUGAUAAGGAAAUAAACACUCAAAAGUG